GUCAACAUUCUUGAUGGCGAUGAACCACCGAACAAUGCGAGCUUUCAGCUACAGAACCUUUUUUUCCAGAGUGAAUUGCCAUUUAAAUGAAAAGACUUGAUUUAAUAAACAAAAAUUCACAAGAAGAACUGUUCAUCUUGAAACCAAAUGAGGAAUAUUUCGUAGUCGUGCAUUUUGCCCGGUUAGAGUGUGUAUAUUAAAUGCGUGUUUUUCCCGUACACGGACUCUGUGGUUCAAGAUGUGCGAGCGGAUACAGUAUUAUGUUGGCUAAAUCAAAUAAGCCGCAUUAUAAUAUAUCCUCAAGUGCCUACUCCAGAUUUCGAUCGGGUGGCACACAUUAAGCUCCAAAAUGGACAAUACAACUGUCAACAAUUCAACGGUCUCUGUUAGUUCCCCACUAGUUCUCGCGGCAGCAGCACGGAAAUGGACGCCAUCUCUGAUUGGCCAAGGAGUCAUUUUGGCUCUAUCCCUUUUCUCCAACAUUAUCGUAUUCAUCGAAUUCAUCCGCAUCCCGUCCCGCGUAACACCAUUUACUGUUUAUCUCCUCGUUUUACUUGGAACAAACGUGGCCUUCCUCUGCAUCGUCCCGUUGACCGAGAUGCUGAACGAAUUGUACGGCCAGUGGUGGAUGGGACGAGCGUGGUGUGAUGUCCACAACUACUUCAACAACGUCGUUUCCGGCGCUCAGAUCUGCGUCCACAUGACCAUCUCCAUUAACCGUCUGUGGGCCGUGCAUCAUCCGAUCUCUUACAGAAACAAGCAUAAUAAAACGGUGGCGCUGCUGACAUGUCUGGUGGCGAUAGCCUUUGCUAACAUUGUUGGACUGCCCGGUGUCAUUCUGGAUGUGUUGUAUUAUUCCAUCGAUUUGAAAUACGGCUGUCACAUUAAUUAUACCGCACAAGCUGCCUGGGGCAAAGCUCAGCAAGCACUGCUGCAUCUUUUUCCGUGGGCAGUGAUUAUCGUCUCUUAUGUGCACCUCUGCAUCAAUCGGGUUAACCGGCGCCGUAGGACACAGGAUCAGAUGAGCCACGAUUCUCAGAAAGCGGCGAUUGUGUCGACCACACCGGAACACCGGCCGGUUGUAUUGAGACAGAACGAAGCGGUGAAACCGUUCCUGGUACUGUCGUUAACCGCCAUCAGCGUCACAAUCUGCUGGACACCGGCGAUUAUUUACUUUGCGGCGAUCAUCUUUUUUGGACUGUGGAUGCCGGCAACGUUCUUUAUUGCGGCAGUGACCUUCUACUCCAUGCAGGCUUUAUUCGAUCCGUGGUUGUUUGCAUUGGGUCUAUUUGCCGUCAAGAAAAACUGGAGAUUCCUGCAUUGUUGCAACUGAUGAAAAUUUGAAAAAUCGAAAAAGAGAAUAAAUAGUUCUUUUGCGCAGAUCGGUCUUGUGCAAGUAAUUAAUUACGUAUGCUUUUAUUGGUGGCGCUCGCGAGAAACGUGGCAGCAGUACCAAGCAGAUGCAACAAUAAAACGGCUGCAGCUCGUGAACCACGGCUGUGUUAUCUUCUUGGAAUACCUUUUCUACUUUGAUAAGUCAUUGAUAGCCGAAUACUAGUGAUGUAUAGUUGGCUAUCUCCACUUUUGCAAGUACUGUACGUACUUACUAAAAUCUCGUCCUCAGUGGCUUGCGUCGAUAAUACGAUUAUUGACUCAUAAAGCUUGUAAACAUUCUGUGUUUUUGUUUAAUGGUAAGGUUUAGGAUUUUUGUUUCUGACGUUUUUCUAGAAAACAGUGUUCAAAAAAUAGUUUCACUGUUCAAAUAUAUGCUGUUUUUUUCCGUAUCGACCUCGUUUCUUCAGUAUUAUUGUCGUUUAAAUAUAUGUUUAAAAUGGCGGACAGUGAUCAUGAUAAUUCGUUCAGCGAAGACGAUGAAUUGCUACAGUACGACGUGAUAAGUGCAGAGGAAAGCGAUUCGCCAGACAUGACAGACUGUUCUUCGGGUACAUGUAUUUACCAUGUAUCUAAGGCGCUUCAUGUGAGUACAUACUUACCGCGACCAUGCGCGCGCUAACCAAGUUCGAUCUCCAUGAAAACUCAAAUCCCAACACGCUUUUAGGAUCAUACCACCGGUUUGGAUCCUGUAAAUAGGCCGAAUGCAGCUCCAGUUUCAACCCUAUAGCAUCCGGUGGACUUGAUUCUCAUGUGCCGAUUCCUUCUGGUGCCCUCACCGCUAGUCUUACAACAGAGGCCGCACGUACCGUGAAAGUAAUCAACAGGAUCAACAAAAUCAUUGCUCCGGUAACCGUCGCCAUCGAUAUGGCGCGAACCGGCUACGCAGUUUAUGAAGACGCCAACAAUGGGACCAGCAGGAAUACGGUGGAGACGGUCACCAGUAUAACCGCAGGAUGGGCGGGUGGCUUCGGAGGGUCGGCUGCUGGAGCGGUUAUAGGCAGCGCCAUCGUGCCCGGACUCGGUGCGGUUGCGGGCGGUCUCAUUGGAGCGUUUUCUGGUGGAUUUGGAGGUGCUUUUGGCUCAGCAGCACUGGUCAACCUUAUUGGGGACGCGUGUGACUACGAUAUGAUUAUGAGACAUUGUGUGCGGUGCGGCAUAGAAUUCUGCAUCAGAAUCUAUUUGGGCGACAAUAAAAGCUGGGUCUUGUGCGAAAAUUGUCGCACAAGACUAAGAUAGGACAAGCACGCCUGUUUCGCAUGCAUGCCGCCUAUGAAUGUCGUCUGCGAGUAGGCAUGCAGUAGUCCACGCGUACGGCUUGCGGAAUGUCCACGAGGCUGUGAUGUGGAUUGCUGCGAGAAAUAUUAGAUCCGUCUCCAAUUCUGAGCAAUAUGCUGCACCUGCCAUUAUAGGUUGGCAAUUGUAGUUAAUCGGUUGACGUCCAUCCAGAAAUCCUAUAAAACCACGCAUCUAUCAAAUCGUUGCAGUCAGUCAGCUCCUUGGUGUGUAUGUUGCAACCAUUCGAGUCCCGGCAAACUGACGUGACCUCGAACAUGGCCAUGGCUUUGCAGUAUUUUUCUGCCGCGAUCAUACUAGUCGCUAUAUUCUGCACAUAUCCAUCUAAGUCGUCUGCGUGGUUAAUCGGAGACUCGGCUCCCAGGUGGAACUACUGGAAGGAACAGCAAGAAGCGGCGGAUGCUCCCCCCGUGGCACCAGACGUGACACCAGUCGCUCAACAGUUUCCAGUAAGCACAGGUGACCUUUCUACUACCAUUCUCUGUCGGCCGUUCUAUCGCAGCAGUGUGAGCAAAAGGUCUGACGGUUCCACACUGAAUCCAGAAAACAUCUAUGGACUUCUCAGAAAUAAACGCAUGUUUGUCCCGCCACAUUGGUAUUUUCCAAAUGAAGAUGUCACAAUCAGCAGUGAAACUGAGGACGAUAUUCAGAAACGCAGUUUGGAUAAUCGAGUGCGACGGAUAAAGCUUUGCGGAAAAUGGAUGCAACGAAAUGGUGUGCCCGGUAAAUAGCAGGAUCAAGACAAUUAUUGAUGUAUUUCCGUGUGACCUUUAUUGAUGUACGUCCACAACCCACAAACCGUGCAAUGGCAAAUAGCCGACGGAAUUCUGAUAGUCCCUGUCAACAGAAGGCACUUCUCUAUACUUUCCCACCAUUCACCAUGCUCUAUAAUUCCCGCUACUUUUCACCUAAACCGAACGCCCUCGAUAUCCUUUUAACUUCACAUCUUUCUGAUGUGUAUGCCGACUCCGCACACUUUUACGAGUUACUCCACGUUACGCAGUAACUCGUAGAGCGAUUAUAACACUAUUUCAACAUUUGAAUAGCUACUCCUACUGCAAUCAGUAAUGUUUCUAUACACGCCUAUAUACGAGUAUGAUGUGCAAUUACUUAUGGUUAGUGCCUGUGCACUGUGCUUGUCGACCCCAGCUAGGACGUUAACCGGUGCAUGCAUUAUGAUCAGAAAUGUACUUAGAAGUCCCGUAAUCCUUGCUUUGUCCAAAUUUACCCAGCUAUCGGCAUUGUACCAGCGAAGGCGAAUGUUCAAUCGGUAGAACGAGCGUUAGAAAGUUGAUCAUGAUUAAAGU